CUCAUAAAAAAAAUGCUCAUUUUGACUGCUGGAGCCUGGAAGACGGUUUAAAUUAAUCGCCACAGUAACAGUGUUUUUCCUGGGAGAAGUGUUGUCCUCGUCGCCAUCUUUGGCUCUUCAACUCUCAGCUCCACCCAGAACAGAUCGGAUUCGAAUUUAAUGCACGAUACACCACCACGUCUUGAGAUUAUAUACAUAUACAUAUGAUUCCUUCAAUUUUGGUUACACUUUCGUUGUUGUUACUUUGGAGCUCUGGAGCAUCUGUAUUCGUUUCGGCCGGAUCCCAUCGAGCCAUUCUCCGGACGAUCAGCGAUGACAGCCGUGGGGGGAAGCACGACUACGCCGUGGAAUUGAAUGCCACUAACUUCGAUACAGUUCUGAAAGAGACUCCAGCUACCUACGCUAUUGUUGAGUUCUUUGCUCACUGGUGCCCUGCAUGCAGAAAUUAUAAGCCACAUUACGAGAAGGUUGCCCGGCUAUUUAAUGGCGCAGAUGCUAUUCAUCCAGGAAUCAUAUUGAUGACAAGGGUAGACUGUGCAGUUGGGCACAGAUAAAUUCAAAUCUUUGUGAUAAUUUCUCUGUGGGGCAUUACCCGAUGCUUUUCUGGGGGCCUCCUACUAAGUUUGUUGGUGGAAGUUGGAAGCCUAAGCAGGAAAAAAGUGACAUAGUUCCAAUUGAUGAUGGGCGAACAUCGGGUCUAUUGUUAGAGUGGAUCAAUAAGAAACUGGGAAGUUCAUAUGGAUUGGACGAUGAAAAGUACCAGAAUGAACAGCUUCAGACAAAUAUCUCAGAUCCCGGGCAGAUAGCCAGAGCUGUAUAUGACGUUGAGGAGGCAACAUCUACUGCUUUCGAUAUCAUCUUGAGGCACAAGAUGAUAAAUUCAGAUACAAGAGCAUCACUUGUAAAAUUCCUUCAACUUUUGGUUGCUCAUCACCCUUCUAGAAGAUGUCGAAGGGGUUGUGCAGAUAUACUUGUUAACUUUGAUGAUCUAUGUCCGUCUGAUGCUUUGUCAGCAAAUGAAGAAGUUCCCAGUUGUACUAAAAAAGGCAUUCUAGGGAAGUACCAGAUUUGCGGUAACGAAGCUCCGCGCGGGUAUUGGAUGUUUUGUUGUGGAAGUACAAAUGAAACCAGGGGGUUCAGUUGUGGGUUGUGGGUAUUGCUACACUCCCUCUCCGUAAGAGUUGACGAUGCAGAAAGCGAGAUGGCUUUCAAAACUACAUGUGAUUUCAUACACCACUUUUUCAUAUGUCAAGAGUGUAGGGAGCAUUUCUAUGAGAUGUGCUCAAGGGUUUCUACUCCGUUCAACAAAGCCCGUGAUUUUGCCCUUUGGUUGUGGGACGCACACAACACUGUCAACAAGAGACUGAUGAAAGCAGAAGCCUCACUAAGAACAGGUGACCCUAAAUUCCCAAAAGCUGUUUGGCCACCCCAACAGCUUUGUCAAUCUUGUUAUCUUGGCCAAACCAAAAAGGAGGGCAACGAAAGCAAGUUGAUCAACUGGGAUCAAGACGAAGUCUUCAAGUUCUUGGUCACUUAUUAUGGGAAGACACUGGUUAGUCUUUACAGGGACAGGGAACUUCUUGGAGGUGACGAAAACCCCUCUCUUGAGGAACCGGUAUCUUCAACAAAUGCUAUUGUCGUUCCGGUGGGGGCCGCGUUUGCAAUUGCAGUUGCUAGCUGUGCGUUCGGGGCUCUUGCCUGGUUCUGGCGUUCACGACAAAAGAAUAGAAAGUAUAAAUACCUACACUCUUUAAAGAAUAUAUGAAUUACUACAUCUCAAAAAAACAAUCCUUUUGAGUAAAGGUAGAACUUAUUUAUUUUUAUAAUUCAUGUACAAUAACAUAUACCCUACAAUUGUUUUCAUUUUCCAAGACUAUAAAGAGUACAUAAACAUCAUCCAAGCCUUGAUUCCAAAACAUUUGGAGUCCGCCAACAUGAAUCGACACAUGAAUAUUUCGAUUCAUGUCAAGUGUUGUGACUAAGUGAUACUUGGCCGUCAUGCGUCUACCACAACACCCUCCUUAUCCUGGCUUGGGGCAAUGGGACAUACAUGAUACCAAAAUUGAUCUGACUAUCUGAGAGUUAAAAACUAUAAAGAGUAAUUGGCUAAACUUACUUGUCGUCUAGUGGUACAGGAAUUUUACUUAAAAUUGAAGGUCACUUUAAAACCAUCAUAGAACUUUUUUUAACAAAAGUUCCUGAAUCAGUACAAUUUUUUGGAGUAAAGAUAGUUGUGGGGAUGGUGAAAUUCAAUAGAAACCCCCAAAAACUUAAUAUGAGUUUGGAGAAGAAAUACGAGUUUGUGAUUGUGUGGGGGAUUGGCAGAGGCUGGCAUUGCUUAUGUGUUUUGUCUUGCACAAAAUUUUCAGGCCCAAGAGAAGCUGGAACUGAUCACCCGUGUCUGGUUGGAGUGGUUGGUAGAGUGUAGAUUACUAUUCAGAAAUAUGAGUGAGGCACAGGAUAGGAAACAGAUAAUUCAGAGGAUUGUAAGUUGUAACAAAAGCUUGGUUGAGAUUUGCAUCUCUUACUCCGUAAAACCCUUCUCUAUUUGAGUCAUUUUCCUCAAAAUUGUGUAUAGAUUUACAUAAUUACAUGUGAUAAACGGAGUAUGUUAUUUUGGAUAAAAAUUGAUGUGUUAUUUCUCACACAUGCAAUGGUGAGCUUGAGCAUGUUUUAGGUAUGGGUAGGCGAAGAUUUCAACAUCGCAGUGGUAGUUGGGGAAUCAAACUUACACUACCUCCGUUGUAAUCUCUUAGUUCCAAAAAAAGUUUGUUUGAUCUAAUGACACAAGUUACAUGUAGGAAAGGAUCAAAAUUGUGUAUUGUGUACUUGUGUUUUUUAUUAUUGCAUAUCGCGUAAGCCUCACUAUGCAAUGGGGGCCUGAGGUGCAAUAUAGAGAGAAAUGUUCUCUGACUGGAAUCGUUGUUCGGCCACCUCUAUUUGAGGUGCUUUUGUGUGGAAUUUUUUUAAUGAACUUCAUGAGCAUGUUUU